AUGAGACAACAAUCAAAUACUUAUGAAAAAUGGAAACAAAAGAAGGGUGUGACGCCGGUGGAAAAUUUUGAUAUAGCAAUGGACCAAUGUAUUGGUAAAGUUUCCAGUAAUAUUGAAGAAUUUGAAGAAAAUGGCACUGGAGAAUUUGAAAGUAGUAGUAUUAAGGAAUUUGAAGGAAGUAACACCAAGGAAUCUAAAGCUCGUAAGUUAGUUAAUAUAAUUGAAUAA